AUGUCAGAGCACAGCAGAAAUUCAGAUCAAGAAGAACUUCUCGAUGAGGAGAUUAAUGAAGAUGAAAUCUUGGCCAACUUGUCUGCUGAAGAACUGAAAGAACUGCAGUCGGAAAUGGAAGUCAUGGCCCCUGACCCCAGCCUUCCCGUGGGAAUGAUUCAGAAAGAUCAAACUGACAAGCCACCGACAGGAAACUUCAAUCAUAAAUCUCUUGUUGAUUAUAUGUAUUGGGAAAAGGCAUCCAGGCGCAUGUUGGAAGACGAACGAGUUCCUGUCACCUUUGUGAAAUCCGAGGAAAAGACUCAAGAAGAGCAUGAAGAAAUAGACAAACGUAAUAAAAAUAUGGCCCAGUAUUUAAAAGAAAAGCUCAAUAAUGAAAUAGUUGCAAAUAAAAGAGAAUCAAAGGGUAGCAGCAAUAUCCAAGAAACAGAUGAAGAAGAUGAAGAAGAAGAAGAUGAUGAUGACGACGAAGGAGAAGAUGAUGGUGAAGAGAGUGAAGAAACGAACAGAGAAGAGGAAGGCAAAGCAAAGGAACAAAUUAGAAAUUGUGAGAACAACUGCCAGCAGGUAACUGACAAAGCAUUCAAAGAACAGAGAGACAGACCAGAGGCCCAAGAACAAAGUGAGAAAAAAAUAUCAAAAUUAGAUCCUAAGAAGUUAGCUCUAGACACCAGCUUUUUGAAGGUAAGUGCAAGGCCUUCAGGAAACCAGACAGACCUGGAUGGGAGCUUGAGGAGAGUUAGGAAAAAUGAUCCUGACAUGAAGGAACUCAACCUGAACAACAUUGAAAACAUCCCCAAAGAAAUGUUACUGGACUUUGUCAAUGCAAUGAAGAAAAACAAGCACAUCAAAACAUUCAGUUUAGCCAAUGUGGGUGCAGAUGAGAAUGUAGCAUUUGCCUUGGCUAACAUGUUGCGUGAAAAUAGAAGCAUCACCACUCUCAACAUCGAGUCCAAUUUCAUCACAGGUAAAGGGAUUGUGGCCAUCAUGAGGUGUCUCCAGUUUAAUGAGACGCUAACUGAGCUUCGGUUUCACAAUCAGAGGCACAUGUUGGGUCACCAUGCUGAAAUGGAAAUAGCCAGGCUUUUGAAGGCAAACAACACUCUCCUGAAGAUGGGCUACCAUUUUGAGCUUCCGGGUCCCAGAAUGGUGGUCACUAAUCUGCUCACCAGGAAUCAGGAUAAACAAAGGCAGAAACGACAGGAAGAGCAAAAACAGCAGCAACUCAAGGAACAGAAGAAGCUGAUAGCCAUGUUAGAGAAUGGGUUGGGGCUGCCCCCUGGGAUGUGGGAGAUGUUGGGAGGACCCAUGCCAGAUUCCAGAAUGCAGGAAUUCUUCCAGCCACCGCCACCUCGGCCUCCCAACCCCCAAAAUGUCCCCUUUAGUCAACGCAGUGAAAUGAUGAAAAAGCCAUCGCAGGCCCCGAAGUACAGGACAGACCCUGACUCCUUCCGGGUGGUGAAGCUGAAGAGAAUCCAGCGCAAAUCUCGGAUGCCGGAAGCCAGAGAACCACCCGAGAAAACCAACCUCAAAGAUGUCAUCAAAACGCUCAAGCCAGUGCCGAGAAACAGACCACCCCCAUUGGUGGAAAUCACUCCCAGAGAUCAGCUGCUAAACGACAUUCGUCACAGCAAUGUCGCCUAUCUUAAACCUAGAGGCUCUGAUUCUUCCUGGAGCAGCGGCCAGGGUGAGAACGCUGGAGGUCACAUGAGGUCAGACAAUGGUUCUUUGCCUGCCCUUGGGAACAACAUCAAGACUUUCUGCACCUGCUCUUCUCUGGACAGCCAGAACUCCCCUAGGAAUGAAUUGGGGUGCAACUGCCAAAAGAACUGGCGUAAGAGGCAAGAGAGCCAUCUAGAAGAACAAGAAAUGGAAAUAGUGACUCUUGGAUUACUGCAUGGAGACUAUGUCAGCAGCAAUACUUUAGGAUCCACGUGGCAGAACUGGAAACAAUGCUACCAUCUGACAAGGGUAUUUGUAAAAGGCAGAAUGUUUGGGCCAUGA